CAUGAUGACGUGGCACGCUCUCGUGCUUGGAUGGGGUUGAAAAGCCCUAAAGAAGAGGAGGUUUAAGGCGUCCUCACCGUGUCACCAAUGCCAUAUCAUGCCAGCUGUAAUGCUGUCGCGAAUGUUUUGGGAGUCACCCAAAGAGUCAACGCCCGCGUCCACGCAACCUGUCGAGCGGCGCAUUCGUUGGCAGCAGCAGCUUUGCGGCAGAAGGAAUGGCGACGUCCCAUCACGUCCAGCGCAGCAUCAGUCACAACACCAACCACAACAACGUUCGUACGACGAGCCAGACAAACCACGGCCGCCGGAGCAUGAGCCACAACGCGCGGCGCAGCAUCAGCUACAACAACAACGAGCAUCUGUCAUCGAGCCCUGGGUCGCCGUUCAAGGCGUUCUUCGCGUCUCAAGAGUUCUCCGCGGAAGAUUACCCGUCGCCAGAACCGCAGCGCGCUUCCGCCACCAACAACCAGACCAGCGCGGCGGACCAGCGCGGCCGACGACACACGACGACCACGUCCAACUCAUGGCCAUACCCGUGGGAUGCCCCACCCGUCCUCCCCCGCGAAGAAGAGCGGCUAAAUGUCCUCGACAGCUACGAAAUCCUCGACACGACGCCCGAGCACGUGUUUGACAUGCUCUGCGCGAUGCUGGUCAAAGCUCUCCGAGUGCCCAUCGGCGGCAUCUCGUUCGUCGACAAGUCUCGGCAGUGGUGCAAAAGCAGCAUCGGACUCAAGCAGACCGUAAUCCCACGGAACGUUGCGUUCUGCGCUCACACCAUCGCGUCGACGGCGCCGCUUGUCGUGCUCGACGCGUCGUUGGACAAGCGAUUCUACAUGAAUCCGCUCGUCACGGGUCCGGCCAACUUGCAAUUUUACGCCGGCGCGCCGCUGGUCAACCCCGCCGGGUUUGUGCUCGGGACCGUGUUUGUGUAUGGCCACCACCCCGAAGAAGCGGUCGACGUGGCGAUCCUGGUCAAGAUUGCCAAGAUGGCAAUGAAUCACCUCGAAGACCGACGACGCGCCGCGGUCAGCGAAGUGCGGGGGGCGCCGCCACCGACCCGCCACCGCCAGCCAUCGUCGCAUCAGUACCAGUACCCCGCCCCCGCGCCUCCCCUUGCACCGUUCAACCACCACAACGUCCGCCACAACUCGGGCGUGCCACCGACCCCGCAUGCUUUGUCCUCGAAUCCUUGGCAGGAUGCGCUGCGUACGCUCGACAUCCUCGACAUGCCGGCCGAGCUCGUCUUCGACCGGAUCAGCGGCCUCGCGUCGACACUGCUUCAGUGCCCCAUCGCGGGGGUCAGCCUCCUGGACGAAGACAAGCAGUGGUUCAAGGCCCAUCGCGGCGACGACGUGACUUUAACCGACGUCGCGGCGUUUUGCGUGCACGUUGUCGCGUCCACGCGUCCGCUGGUCGUGCUCAACGCCGCCGAGGACGCGCGAUUCCGAAAGCACCCGCUCGUGAAGCGCCGGACGAACCCCAUUCGAUUCUUCGCGGCCGUCCCGGUCGUCACGGGCGACGGGCACGUCAUUGGCACCGUGUUCGUGAUGGACACAGUCGUGCGGCAAGCCGGCCACGUCGACUUGCAUUCGCUGCAGCGCCUGGCGCGGGUUGCUAUGCUGCACCUAAACCAACGCAUCACGUACGCCGUCACGCCUAUCGUGGACUACAGCUCGUUCGUGGACGAGCGGGCUCAAGUUUUCGAUCCCCAUAGCGUGGCAGUGCUCCCGACCAUGACGUCCCACGGAACCAAGCAGCCGGGGGGGUUCCAGCGCCUCCGGACGCGGUUCCUCGCCCGGUUGUUUGGGCGACAACAGGACCACCGAUAGACCCGCCGGUCGCUGCGCCUCGAUCGAGUGUACCAUUAGUCGAGACAUCCUAUUUAAAUCGAGGCGGCAGGGCUUGCGAGUGUGUUUUGGUCCGAGUGACGUCGCGCUAGACGUGGGGGAAAAUGAUAUUUGGAAACUUUUUCGAGAUGACAUGGAACUCGUCCAA